AUGAGUCGAGUUACUCGGUCGCGCAAAAUCGACAUUGCAGAGGACGUCUCCGAAGUUAGUGACGAAGCAAUUCCGCGAAACAUUAUAUCGAGUGAGCCGGCUUUGAUAGAUAUUAGUAACCAAACUGGUAUCAAUAACAUGUCCUCUGAGGCUUCAUCUCUUACAGCGUCCGUCCCUUCACACAUCAAGCAAUUGAAGGCAGCUUACCGUAAUGCGAUCGGUACGAAGAAGAACAAGAAAGCCAGAAGCAAGAAGAAGGAUGGAGAAGAUACGCAUAGGGACGUUUCAACAGAGAGUUCUAUUGUGGUCAAUAAUGAGAACCAUUUCCAAGGUGGUGACGCGCCGGAAUUCAGUCUGCCAGUCCCCGCUCAGGACACAGGGCUGAUGGCUCUGCUCGAUACAUUGACAAUGGAGAAUGCUGUCACUUCCAAUGGCAUUGACGAAGCGGAACGGCGCGCUGUGAACCCAACUACCAGUCGAGUCACCCGACGCCAAUUAGCUCAGCAAAAAGCAGCAGAGGAAAGUUUAUCGUCAUCCUUGAAGGGUGAUAGCGCCUUGUCCACGAGUGAGCAAUGCUCUCCAAACAAUGAAGAGUUCCAUGAGCAACCUUCACCCCUUAUCCAUACCCCAAUGAAAGAGUUCCCACGCAGCCCGGUACACUCUGCAGCCAGAACAUUAGAAGAGGUCGAAGAGACUUGCGCAAAACAGAGUUCCACACCAACUCAAGUGUCCGAUGAUGAUUCGUUUGUAGAACAGAUCAUCAGUCGGUCGCCAGCAAAAUCCGUUUCCCGUAUUGAGGAUACUGUUGAGGCGCUGGAUCAGCUGGAAGAUGCUAUGGAUGCGGUCACCGAAGCAGCUCUAGUAGAUUAUGUCGUUUCCACAAAAACGUCUCAAAGUCCAACUAGGGUAAAAGAAGCUCGUAGCAAGUCCUUCACUGACAAGCCACAAGUCUCGCACGAAGAACUCGUUGCACAAGCAGUCCGCUCAGAGUAUGUACCAAAACAGGUAGCCUUGAAGUCUGGUUCUGCUUCUGUACGGAUCAAGCAAACCGCGACGAAUCAAGCGCCAGGCCUCCGGAAGUCUGCCUCUAUGUCGUUCAGACCACCCAUUACAGCCAGCAAAACAGGGCAACAAAGCACUGUCAUUCAGCCACCAAAGACUUUGAGCAGACGUCCGACAAGCUUAAUGCAACCCAAAGAACCUGUUAAAUCUACUAAACAACUCACUCGGCCAGCCUUUGAGCUACCGGGAGAAGCCGUGGCUCGCAGAUUGAAGGAACAGCGAGAGGCAAGACUCGCGCAACGUCAAUCUAGCGAAGAAGACAUUAGCUCAUCUCGAAUAUUGUCUGGCCCUAAGACUAUCAAAUCUACCAAAGCGCCGACCAAAUCCAAUUUCGAACUUCCAGGGGAGGCUUUGUCUCGUAAGAAGAAGGAGGCUCAUGAAGCCCGACUGAAAGCGAGAGAGGAAGAAGAGCGAAAGCGCCGGGAGUUCAAGGCCAAACCAGUCCGCAAAAGUCUCGUUCCAGAUUAUAUACCUCGUGAGACUGCUGCGAGUCGAGCCCGCCAAAGCAGGAUUGGAAUUGAGAACAUCAAUGAGCUGGCUGUUUCCAAACGGAACAGUACCAUUGGCGCCCAUCAUCCAUCUAUUCAACAGCUCAAUCUAGCCAAUUGCUCUGCACCUCGCGCCCCAGGUCCCAAACCAACCCGCAAGCCCUCGACGACGAGCGGCCCUUCUAUGAGCGGCCUUGCUGUGCAAAGAACUGUUUCAGAUAAAGAGGUUCAUCUCCAACGGCAAAGAGCCCGAGAAAUCUACAAUCGAGAUGCCAGAUUGACAGAGGAAAUGGAGAGAGAGAAGCAGGAGCGCGAGGCAGCCGCAAAGCGUGCUCGUGAGGCCGCUGCGGAACGUGGACGGCAAGCUAGUAGGGAGUGGGCGGAGCGCCAACGUGUCCGCAAACUCGCAGAGGGAGACAGAGGCCUCGGUGCUGGCUACGGACCCGGCGGUCAGAUGGGAUUGAAAUGA